GCAUUUUUUAUUUGUUUAUAGGUGUAUUUAUUUAUUUAUUUUGUUCCGCACGCAGUUAUUGGUAUUGCCCAGUCUUGCCGCUAGGAGUUGUUAUGGUGUUAUUUUUAAUGGACACGACACGUGCGCGACACGCGACUGCUACAUUUUUUUCAGAGAUUGGUGUGUGUGUGAUGCCAUUUAAGGCUUUGUUAAAUCAUCAGUACUACCAUGUACGCUGUUGUUCGUUUCCUGGACGAUCACGACAAACGGUUACACGUCAUUCACGUGCAUGACAUCGAGAAGUUUGAUCCCAAAGACACCAGCGACUACGACAACCGCUUUGUUUACAGCGCGUACUGGCGAGACCCCGUGGAUGACACAAACACUGGUUUGUACAACACGCAAGUCUUGAUGCUGGCAGAAAGCGAAGAUGACGCCCGCGCGAAAAUGCGGGCCAAGAGGUUGGUGAUACCAAAAAUACCUAUGCAAGAAACGACGUCAGAUGAUGAUCCUGAUGAGCUCGUGGAGUCCCAAACAAAAAGAAAAAAGGCUGAAAGAAAGAAACAAAAGAACGACAGAGCAAAUGCUAAAAAAAACAUGUAUGACGAAAUUCUUAAAAAGAAUCUGGAAAAAGCGCACUCUGGGCGUAAACCUAGAGCACAGCCAAGGAAAGGGACAGACACUCCGUCGGACAGCGGGUCCUCCGAUAGUGAUGAAUUGUGCCCAAAAAGUGAAAUUCUUCAAAUGAAGAAGAAGAAAGACGUGUGGAAGGCGAGAACGAAGGCGCUGGUGGUUAAAGAGCUUGAGAAGGACAGAGACAUGUGGAAAUUGCGUGCUGAGGAGCUGCAGCACGACAACCAGUUUCUAAAGCAGCAGGUUGCAAGCCUGCAGAGAUCCCUUGAAAGCAAGCUUUUCAAGCUUGCAGUAGAACAAGACCGGGUGCCUUGCAGUCGGGGCAUGUUGUCAGCACAUUCUGAGACAGAUGAAGGAGAAAGCUUCGUCGGAAAUCUGUUGAUUAUGGACAACAUGGCCUGCAGUGAACGUGUUCUCCCACCGUGCUCAUCUACUGCUGUAGAACCAGAGGAAAGGACAAGCACUGUUGGUGGAGAAAAGAACACUACACAUCCAGGCCCAAAUGGAGAUUUCAUUUAUAUGGAAGAUGGCUCUUUCCAUUUGACGAAAGGCGUAACAAUAAGUGGUGUGUGUGCAAAAAAAAUAUUUGGGAACAAGAAGGCUACCUUGGUGGUGAAGGAUGCUGCCCACGCUAUAUGGGGAAGCAACGUUCUUGCAUCUAGGAGCGUCACAGGGACCGUUGGCUCCAGGAAGAGAGCAUUGGGGGAGCAGCCCAAGCAGCCGCUGACACCGGAGAAACUUCUUGUUGUGUCAGAAACACUCAAGCACUGGGGACAGCAGAAAGACGUCAACACUGCUGACACGGAAAAAAAUCUGCCCAGGAUCCUGGCUGAGAAGAUCCAAGAUCUCCUGAAAUCGAAAGUGCGCAAGCAGAUGUUUGACGAUCAAGCACAAUAAAUUCUUAAACACUAA